AUGGCACGGCAACAGAUCAUCUGGGAUCCAAAGUGGCGCCAGAAAGUCUUGCCAGGGAAGUUGGUGGAGGCCGCUGCCAAGGUGGUCUGCUUGUCCUAUCCAUUGUGCCCCGUCCUGUUUGCCCUGGCUGCUGGCCGGCUGGUAAGGACAAUCAUAGAAAAGCUAGAGGGUCUUGAAAAGUGGCUGUCCGAAAAGGAGUCCAAAGAGCGAGAACAAGCCUCUGCCUCCACUUCUCAGCCUCGUGGGUAUCGGAAGGGGGGACCUGCAGACCGUGCCAAGGUCGCUUUGCCUAGCCAGUCCAGUGUUGCAACGUUUCCAGCCAUUGCACCAAUUUCUGUGGGGUUUGAGUUGGUAAAAGAAGAAGGAAAAGGUUUCAAGGAGGUUUACGGUGAAGUGCCGUAUAGGGGCCUAGAAGACGGCCCUGGACCUGUCCCAGAGUUUUUGGAGGAUCAGGCAAGUUUUUGUGGCCGAACGCUCGAGAUUGGUGUGCAGCGUGUUCACAUUGCCUUUGCUGCUGGUUUUUGGGCCCGCAUUGCAUUGGAAACUUGUACCCCCCAGACUUUUUCCAUCCGCCUGUCCGAGCCAGCUUGUCAUUUCAUCGUGCUCCGAGCUCAGGGUCUUGGUGGCCACGUUCAGUUUGCAUCCGAGAACGAUUUUGACUGCUUCAAGGAUCGAGUCAGAACAGGUGAUUUGGUAGCUCAGGGAUUUGCCACGGAAACCGAGAUCAGAGAGCCAAACCUUUUGAUCUUCUCUGUGCCAGCCACAAUUGCAUUGGCCGGAGAAGAGAUGGAAGUUUAUGCACUGCCAAUUCAGAUUCUCCUUGCCGUUCCGGACAAUGUUCUCAGUCCACAGUCCUUGCAAUCCGGCCAAGAAGAUGAAAACGAGCUUGCAAUGAUUGGCCCUAAUUCAGUGUUUCAAGUUCCCAUGUUUGAGGAGGCCGACGACCUUUCGGUGAUUGAGCUUGGAAUCGUAGGCGAUGUUGUGGUUGUUGACAUGACAGACGAAGUGCUGUCUCUCUGCCGCGAGUAUGACCCUGUGACUGAUUCCCUCCUCACCAUUGGCGGGUUUUCUGAUGUUCAUCCGAAUGCGCUUCCUGAUUGCAACGUCCUUUUUGACAAAGUCAAGGAAUGGAUCAGUGCCAGAAGUGAUGAGAGGUCGGGUUUUUAUACCGCUCAAGAAGACCGGGAAGAGCCAGCUGCAAAACCUGUUCCUCAUGCUUCGCCAAAAAAGGCGACGCCAAAAGUGCGUGUCACCAAUUCUAUGAUUGCAGAACAGCUCAGCACCUUGGCAGCCCAAAUGCAGGUGCUGACACAACGCCAAGAUCGUUUGGAGAAAUCAAAGAGCUCUUCUGCAGAAAAUGUUGGAGGUCGGGAUCCUGGCAUUUUGCCAAAUGCCCAACCGCAAAAGCUUCCCGCGGUUUCAGCGGGCCUCCCAAAUCCGAGUGGAGUAUCCCAGAUUGCUGCAAAAGCAUUGUCCCUUACAGGACCCCCGCCAAAGACCAUGAGAAAUGUCCCGCAGGCCGGGCCUCCAGAUCUGACGCAAAUGGACGACCCUCUGGACCCUCUCCAAGCUCGUCCCGAGGAACCAAUGGCAAUAGUAUCAGCGCUGGCACAGCAAAGCACUGCAAUCACAGCCCUUGUUGCACAUCUGGCGUCCCAAGCCCCAGAUGCUUUAGGAGACUUGGCAUCCUUAGGUCACAGUACGAGUUCAACAAAAGGUGUUCAAAAAAGAGAAAGGAUGCAGAACGAUCUAGCAACAGGCCAGAGCAUGUACUUUGUCCAAAUGAUGCAGCAGCUUCACCGACGCUUGCACCCUGCAAAGCCAGUACCGCAAACAGAGGAGGAGCUAUGCCAUUUGUCAGUUUUGACUUAUCUGGAGAGGCAAGGAGGGUACCGACAGCACAGAGAUCUAGGUUUGAUCGCUUGGAUCUUAGGGUAUGCUAUAGACGCAGCAGCAAUGGGGGAUCUUCGCAGAACCAAGGAAAUCAUGGCCUUGAUGAUGGUCUCGGUGGAGCAGGCGGCAGUCGACAAAGGAGAUUGGAGCCUAGCUUAUCUUCUUACCCUUUUAGAAGAUCCUCCACUGCAGAUGUUCCAGGAGCGCUCGACCACCCUGGGUCAGCACAGCAAGGUUUUUGGGCCUCUGGUUCCUCCGAACUGGACAGCCGUUUGCCUAGCAUACCUGAAGGAUAUGGAAGUGCUUGCAUCGAAACGCAACGAGACGGCAAGAAACCUGCAAAGGUUAGGUGAGCUUUCUCAGUGCAUUACAAAACUUGGGGUAGGUGCUGGACCAUAUGAGAAGAUCUAUCGGGGUCAUGAUGUGCCCAUGGACAGUUCGCUUUUUGCCGAGUUAGAGCCCUACAAGAGUUUGGAUGCAUGCCGCCUUAAGGUUGUUGGUGAAGGUGCUUUCGAUGCUACGCCUUUCCUUGGCCCUGAGUUAGCAAUGGCAUACCGCUAUCCUGACUCUUUGCUGCGUGAGUAUAUACCAAAGCCUUAUGAAUAUCCGAAAGUUCCUGACCCUGCCAGUGAAGUAGUCCAACUUGCAAAGCUUUGGGACGUGCGUGGUUUGCUUUAUUUGCAUGAUGUGGACUUGCAACAUGAGAGGCACUAUGAGCUUGUCAGGGUUUUCAAUUGCCUCAAAAACGAGGCAUGUGACAGACAAAUCGGAGACCGUAGAGGACGAAAUGCCUGUGAAUGUAGGGUGCUUGGGCCAUCUGUGGAUUUACCCACAGGUCCUGACCUGCUUGACUUACAGGUGAAGGCAUCAGAAGAAACCCUAUCUGUGAUUUGCACUGACCGCAGGGAUUUUUACCAUCAGUUUGCCACCAGUCGAAACCGUGCCUUGUCGAACUCUGUAGGCCCCGUCAUUGUACUGGAUGAGAUGAUUGGUACGACAGCCUAUGAAGUUUUUCAGAGCGAGAGGUGUAAGAGGAAGCCCAGCAGAACUGCCGGCGGCGAUGGACUUGGAUUUUCUUGCCGUCAGGGUUUCAAAAAAUGUGAUAAAGGUUUCUGCAUGGCCUCCUUCAGUAGCAUCUUUCAGGGUGAUCAUGCUGGUGUCGAAAUUGCAACUGAUGCCCAUACUGGUCUCUUGCAGUCUGUAGGUCUUUUGUCCCACCAGACCAGGCUUGUUUCCAGCAGACCUUUUCAGGGAUCGGACCUUUGUGAAGGGCUUGUGAUUGAUGAUUACUUUGCCAUUGCGAAAGUUCCCAGGGGCCUUCUUGUUGCAGACCCUGCCAAAAGAUGUUUGAGCACUAGUAAGGCCGUCUAUAGUAAGCAUGGCAUUAUAGGUUCCGAUGACAAAGACAUCAAAGGUGAAAGGCGAGCCAAGGUAAUCGGGGCCUAUGUUAACGCAUCUGACCAAGCCCAAGACAGAGGACAUGUCCUCAUUUCUGCCCCUCCAGCAAAAAGGUAUGCCAUGGCAUGGGUCACUUUCCAGUUGUGCCAAUUGACCCAUACCACUGAUGCUCUUCAUCUGUGUGUGUUGGGGGGCUGGACCUCCAUCCUCAUGUAUAGACGCCCUCUCAUGUCAGUGCAGCAAAAGAGCUUUCACCUGGUCGAUAUGGAUGUGUUUGAUGCAUCGCUUCCCAAGAUGAUUAGGCUACCACGUGCAGUUGCAACCGAGUUGGUCUUGCUUAGUGUUCUUGCGCCAUUGGCAGUUGCUGACGUAGCAGCUGAUUUCUGUCAGGACAUUUUCUGCACCGAUGCUUCGCUUGAGAAGGGAGCAAUCCUUGCCAGCCCUCUGGACCGUAGUGUGAUGCAGGAGCAGCCUUUUGGUUUCGACCCAAGUGACCCUCAAACAGAAGAUGGCACCAUCCUGGCGCAUCGGUCUUUUGAGGUCUUUGACAGUGGCCUGAGGUGUACUGGUGACCACUCUCAUGUCCCGAUUCAGGGCGAGACAGAGACAUCCGGACUGCAUCCAAUGGCCUUGGUCUUUCCUUUUGGGAUCCUGUGGAUUUGUAUCGACUUGCAGCUGUUCCAAAGCUUCGACGGUGGAUUUCCAACUGGGUUCGCCUUGUCCUAUGUCUGCGUGGCCCCUGUGCUCUGUCUUUUUCUGACCGGUGAUGUCCGGCGACAGAUGCUGAGGAUGGAGCGCCCGCCUCUUCAAGAGGGUCGUCCAGUUCUGGCUGUAACAAGUGAAGCACGAGCGAGUUUUUUGGAGCUUUUUGGAAGGUGGCUGGCUUCAAUUGGUUUUUCUCUGGAAGACCUGCUUCAGCAUCACAUUCAAUAUAUCGCGGAGAUCAACGAGCUUCUGGUUAAAUAUGGCCGUAACCUCUAUGCAGUGGGUAGACCCUACAACCACUUCGCUGAAACUAUAAAUGCUGUAGCUGCAAAGAAGCCAGCUAUACGCAGACAACUACAAGAGGCGUGGAAUUUUGCUUUUGCGUGGGUAAGAGAAGAACCUUCCACGCAUCACAUUGCCCUUCCCUGGCAAAUUCUCCUGGCAGCUUUGUCGGUGAGCCUCCUAUGGGGGUGGUUGGAUAUGGCCGGAAUGCUGGCAUUGACAUGGGGCGCUUUACUACGUGUCGGUGAGUUCACACAGGCAGUUCGCUCAGACUUGCUUCUGCCCGUGGACACCAAUUUUACAAAUUCUUUUGCCCUGCUCGCCUUGAAGGAACCAAAGACGAGAUUUACUGCAGCGAG